AUGGCAGGCUCUAGUAUGCCUUGCACUAUCCCCAUCGGCCAUGUCGAGAAUCUCUCCAUGGAGGAGACUGUCGAAGAAGAAGGAAGUCCUCAUUACAAAGCAGAGAAGUUCUAUCCAGUGCGACUGGGUGAAGUCUUCGAGUCCCGUUACAAGGUUGUCGCCAAGCUUGGGUUUGGUACGGCCUCCACCAUUUGGCUUUGUCGUGAUCUUGUGGUAGACCAGCUUCUAGCGCUUAAGGUCUGUAUCACGCAAAAAGGUACCCUCAAGUUAAACAGUGAAAUGGCCAUCUCCCAGCAUCUCAAACCCAUCGAGGCUGAGCACCCAGGCAAGGAUCUCUUACGUCUAGUGCUGGAUGACUUUCAGAUAGCCGGUCCCCAUGGAAUGCAUCAAUGCUUGCUCUUCACCCCUCUAGGCAUGAGCUACACGAACUUUCGGAAUAUGUUUCCAACUAGAACGCUCAGCAAGCAGUUACUGCAGGAAUCGUUGCUAUUGAUCCUGCUUGGUCUCGAUUUUCUACACCAGGCGGGCGUAGUGCAUACAGACAUAUCUCCAAACAACAUCCUUCUCGGCGUCUCUGACCCAACCGUGUUUUCCGACAUCGAGGAAUCUGAGCGCCAAAAUCCGGCUCCUCGCAAAAAUCUGCCCGGUCGGACUAUAUAUCGUUCACAUGUCGUACCCACCACGUACGGGCCAUUGAUGAUUUGCGACUUUGGUGCAGCCAGAAUAGGGGAGAAGUAUACCGGAGAUGUCAUGCCGGGCGUGUAUCGAGCCCCUGAGAUCAUUCUUGGUAUGGAAUGGGACUCCAAGAUUGAUAUUUGGUCUGUUGGAGUCAUGAUCUGGGAUUUAUUUGAAGGAAAUAGUUUGUUCCACGCCAUCAAGAACGGUCGUCUCAAUGAUGAGUUGCAUCUUGCUGAGAUGGUUUCGCUCAUGGGGCCUCCGCCCAAGGCCUUCUUAGAACGAAGCGAGGCUAGCCGUCGGUACUGGGAUGCCGAAGGCAACUGGAUUGCCUCCACUCCAAUUCCCCAGCAAGCACUCGAGAUGCGUGAGCAAUGGCUCCAAGGCAAGGAGCAGGAGCAACUUCUUGCGCUUGUUCGAAGAAUCCUACGUUGGCUUCCAGAAGAAAGGCCAUCAGCCGAGGACCUUUUCGAAGAUGCAUUCUUUCAGAGUGUGUAUUUGUCUUUGCGCUCCAGAAAUUCUUAA